AUGGGCACCAAAGAGGUUAACAGGCCGCGUAUCCCGCUAGCGUCGUGGCAAACGAAGAUCCUUGUGGUAAGCUUCACCUAUUUUGCGGGGCCAUGGUCAUCACUUGUGCGCCUCGAGACGGAUCACGAUGGUACCAUCAUCCAGCGACUGCGCUUCGCCAACAUUGACAAUGGUGUCACGAUCGACUUGACCAGCAUGAAGAGCGUUGAGCUGCGGGGCGAUGGCAGCGUUGCACGAGUUGGCGCAGGGGCAAGCUGGCUGGAUGUGUAUGCCUUCCUUGACCAGAGCAACAAGACGGUGGCUGGCGGUCGCAACGGCGCAGUGGGUGUAGGCGGCCUGACAGUCGGCGGUGGCAUCUCCUACUUCUCCCCACAAGUCGGCUUCACCUGCGACACGCUCGUCAAUGUCGAGGUGGUGCUGGGAAAUGGACAACUUGUCAACGCCAAUGCCACCAACAAUACCGACCUCUUCCGCGCGCUCAAAGGCGGGCUGAAUAAUUUUGGCAUCGUGACGCGUUACGACUUUUCCACGAUCGAAUACGACGGCAUCCUCGGUGGCACCGUGGGUAACGACAUAUCACAACGUGAUGCCGUCUUCGAUGCCUUCACCAACAUCGCCGCAGCACCGGACUACGAUGUCCACGCCUCCAUCGUGGUAGGCUUGGUGUACGCGGCGGGCAAAUGGUCUCUUUCCUCGACGCCAAUUUACACGCAGCCCGUCCUGCGCCCAUCCGUCUAUGACGAGCUCUUCUCCGUGCCGAAUAUCUCCGACAGCACGGCGAUCCAACGUCUGGGCACGUUCGCAAACGAGACGGGCCUGCCGCCACUGAACGGCCUGUUCUUGACGACCACGUUUGGCGCAGCUCCAGGCUUGCUGAGUUCCAUAUUUGACAUCCUCAACCAGACGCUCUCUUCGUCCAGUACAGUUCCAUCGUCGACGAUAUGGAGCUUCGCAUUCGAGCCCCUCCCCACGGUCUUCGUCGAGCAUGGUGCCGGCCGGAACGCACUCGGCACCAGCUCAGCAGACGGAAACAGCAUUGUUCUCCUGCUGAGCGCGUUUUGGCCCGGUGCAGCAGACAGUGAUGCUGUACAGGCGGUCGCAAAUAGUGCAUUUGCGGCAUUGAACGAGGAGGCAGAAAAGCAGGGGCAGGCGAAGUGGUUUGUCUAUGCAAAUUAUGCGGGUCAGAGCCAAUCGCCGUUCCAAAAUUAUGGUGAGGCGAAUGUCGAUUUCUUGCGGAAGACGGCGGGCAAGUACGAUCCACAGGGUGUGUUUCGGUAUAAUGUGCCUGGGGGAUUUAAGCUGUGA